GUGUGCCUGAAACACAGCUCCAUCCAGCAGAAGAGAUCACACUCCCCCGUACCGAGCUGUGUGUCCAUGAAGAGUGACCAGUCCAUGGGUCAUCCACUUCUAUUUGCAGAAGGAGGUGUUCCUGCUGGUCAGAGAGACCAACCUGGUCCGGUAAAUGUGGAAAUGCAGCAGAUCCACAAAUCCCAUCUUCAGAAGAAGUUUAAGUGUCUGACUGAGGGAAUCACAAAGCAGGGAAACCCCACACCCCUCAGUAAGAUCUACACAGAGCUCUACAUCACAGAGGGGGGAGGAGAAGAGGUCGAGUAUGAACAUGAGGUCAGACAGAUAGAGAGAGCAUCCUGGAGAGAAGCAGCACGAGGCAGGCCAAUCAACUGCAGUGACGUCUUUAAACCCUUAUCUGGACAAGAAAAACCCAUCAGAAGAGUGCUGACAAAGGGAGUGGCUGGCAUUGGAAAAACAGUCUCUGUGCAGAAGUUCAUUCUGGACUGGGCUAAAGGGAAAGAGAAUCAAGAUAUCCACUUCAUAUUUCCUCUGCCUUUCCGAGAGCUGAACCUGAUGAAGGAGAAAAAACUCAGUCUGGUGGAGCUUAUUCAGCACUUUUUCCCUGAAAUUACAGAUCCAAGAUUCUUCUCUGGUUUAGAGCAUGUCAUGUUCAUCUUUGAUGGUCUGGAUGAGUGUCGACUUCCUCUAGAUUUCAACUCCAACCCGAGGUGUUGUGAUGUGAAAGAGCAAGUCUCAGUGGACGUGCUGCUGACAAACCUCAUCAAGAGGAAUCUGCUUCCCUCUGCUCUCCUCUGGGUCACCACCCGACCAGCAGCAGCAAAUCAGAUCCCACCUGAGUGUGUGGACCAGGUGACAGAAAUAAGGGGAUUCAAGGACUCACAGAAAGAAGAGUACCUCAGGAAGAGAAUCAGUGAUGAGAACCUGGCCAGCAGAACCAUCACAAACUUGAAGUCAUCCAGAAGCCUCUACAUCAUGUGCCACAUUCCAGUCUUCUGCUGGAUUGUCGCCACUGUUGUAGAGAGAAUGUUGAGUGAAACAGGGAGAGGAGAGAUCCCCAGGACUCUGACUCAAAUGUACACACACUUCCUGAUCGUUCAGACAAGCACCAAAAAAGAAAAGUACCCAGAGGGAAAAGAGACAGACGAAAAGAUGAUUAUCAGACUGGGGAAACUGGCUUUCCAACAGCUGGAGAAGGACAAUUUGAUCUUCUAUGAGGAAGACCUGAGAGAGUGUGGCAUUGAUGUCACAGAAUCAUCAGUGUACUCAGGAGUGUGUACUCAGAUAUUCAGAAAGGAGGCUGGGCUGUACCAGGGGAAGAUUUGGUUGAGCUUUGUCCAUCUGAGCAUUCAGGAGUUUCUUGCAGCUUUAUUUGUAAUCCUGUGCUUCAGCAAAAGAGAGAUAAACAUGCCUGGCCAACAGCAAACCUCUCAGCUCUCUGCUCUGUUCAGAGCUGCAACUCUUCAUGACCUACACAAGACUGCAGUGAAACUGGCCUUACAGAGGAAGAAUGGACAUCUGGACCUUUUCCUCCGCUUCCUUCUGGGCCUCUCGCUGGAGUCCAAUCAGAAGCUCUUAAGACGCCUACUGCCCCAGACAACAAUCCAAUCAGAGAGCUCAGAGCAAACAAUCCAGUAUAUUAAACAAAGGAUCAGUCAAAAUAAAAAGUCAGACAGAAGGAUCAACCUGUUCAACUGUCUGAAUGAGCUGAAUCACCAUGCUGUAGUGGAGGUCAUUAACAGGAGCUCAGGAACUCUGUACGUGGUCAUGCUCUUACCAGGAGAGUGGAGGACAAGGAGAUUGAAGUUUGAGAUUUCAGAAGAGCACCGGGGUGAGUUUGACCUGCAGAAGUACAUAAACACACCAGAGGAGGAUCUGACUGAACUCCUCAGUCCAGAUGAUGUUCUUCAGAAGCUGAUGCCAGUGGUCAAAACAUCCACAUCAGCUUUGGUGAAUGGUCGUACCUUCAGAAGGGAGAGUCCAGCAGCAGCAGCAGCCUCCACUAGCAGCUCCCACUCCUCAGAUGCUGCAGAGCUGCACCUCACAGACAAAACCCAGCAGGAUCCAGGAGCACAGCUGCUCUCUGAUGACACUCCCAAGAAGAUGAACGAGAAGACCCACUGGACCACGGCGGCCAUCUGCAAACGCCGGUUGAGAGGGAUAUUUAACGGCGCGAACUUGAUCGAGACCAUCUCCGAGGCGGGCGCCGGUGUCCGGGGUGUCCUGUCCCACGAGGCUACGCGUUGCCGCGCACAAGCAGGCUGUGGUGGUGGGCUGUCGUUUGUCUCGCGCUCCGUUCAGUGA